CUUGUAGUUGGAGAAGUAAUUAAGACCGCGUCUACGAUAGCUGGGAUAUUUGCCUGUAUGUGCCUCCUGUCAGUCAGACUCCGCAGUUCAUUAUGUUCUACCAGCUGAUGGAUCAAACCAUGAAUGGCAGCUGCCAGGGACCCACCUCAGCGCGCAAUUACAGUGCUAAUGGAGACGCGCUCCAGCUGCCCACUUUCUCCACGGCGGCCAAAGUCAGAGUCAUCAUAACCUUCACUCUGUGCGCGGUGUCAGCUGUGUGCAACUUGGUUGUUCUGUGGGCAGCCGGCAACGGCGGCAAGCGCAAGUCGCACGUCAGGAUCCUCAUAAUGAACCUGACUGUGGCGGACCUGCUGGUGACUUUCAUCGUUAUGCCCGUGGACGCAGUGUGGAACAUCACGGUACAGUGGCAGGCUGGAGAUGUCGCCUGCAGGCUGCUGAUGUUCAUGAAACUGGUGGCGAUGUACUCCUGCGCUUUUGUAACUGUGGUCAUUAGCUUGGAUAGGCAGUCUGCCAUUCUCAAUCCUCUGGGCAUCAGUGAGGCCAAAGGAAAAGCAAAAUCAUGUUGACUGUGGCCUG